AUGGUUAGAGACAAGCCUGAGAUUCUGUCAGGGAACCAAGUCGUAAACGGAAAUAGAACAUUUGAUGCCGCUUCCGCUACGCGUUCCUGCUUCCAACUUGACCACCUUCCUCCACCAGGCCUGAAGGCCUCUCUGCUCUCGACGAUGCAGAAACUCAUCUUCCAGGCAGUAUUCCGGUCAAACCCUACCAUCAACGCGUUCAGUUUCUCCCGGAGCUACUUCUCCAGCAUCCCAACGCCUGCCGCACGCGGCAGCACACGACCUAACCUCUCGACGGGCUUUUUCUCCACUCAUCGCGCCUUUCAUUCAUCCCUACUGCGACUUUCGCUCAUUCAACCACCCGUUCAUAAACCAAGGUCGCAAGCGACAAGACUACUCUGGUUCCAUCGUUGGUUGUCGACCUCGUCGCGCUCCUCACUUCGGUAUCACCCUCCUGAUUCACACCCUGGGCAAACCCAACGACGCUUCCUGGGCUUUCUCGAUAAGAUCCCUCAGAAUGUGAUAUUCUAUGGGAUUAUAGGUCUCAACUCUGCUGUGUUCUUUAUGUGGUAUAUGGCGUCGCAGAAAUACAGACUAGAAGGCGAUCCAUCAGCCAUCUACUGGAUGACAAACAACUUUACGGACAGCUGGAGAAAUCUUGCAUCUGGUAGAAUAUGGACUCCCUUUACGUGUUGUUUCUCCCAUAAAGACUGGUCUCAUAUCCUCAUGAACGGCUUCACAUUUUUCUUCAUGGCCCGGCCUGUUCUUCAACUGCUUGGAAGCCGUCAAUUCAUCUUCCUUUACCUAGGAGGCGGUUUGAUCUCUUCAUUCACCAGUCUGGUCUAUGCUAAGUUGGCUGGGAAGUACGGCUACUCCUCACAUGGCGCUAGUGGCGCAAUCUUUUCUAUUGUAACUCUCCUCGCAUGCGUAGCCCCCACUAUGACAUUCCAGCUCUAUGGAAUCAUCCCUAUUCCAGCGUGGCUCGUGGUGUCUGGACUGUUCUCAUACGACGUGUAUGCAACCGUCAAGAACACGGCUGGCACAACAGAUACAAUGGGGCAUGUUGGCGGAGUUGUAGCUGGUAUUGGAUACUUCCUUCUCAAGCGAUUUAGGGUCUUCUAG